AUGAGAUUGAGGCUAGUGUGCAAGUAGCUGUUUAGUACAUCGAAGAAGGCUCCCCCAAAACCUUCGAGUGUUAUGGGUGCUCAACUUUCCCAAAAGUAAAUGGAUGAAUUGAUGAAUCCUUUAGGAUUCUUAAAAGAAAAUGAAAAAGGGGAAGUGCAAGAACAAAUCGAGAAGGCUAAGGAAUUGAAGGAGUUGAUUGCAAAAUACAAGAUAAGCUAGAAUCAAUAGAGUGGGAGUCAAGGCAAGCCAUAUGAAUUGGAUAAAAAUGGGAUGCCUCCUGAGGUAGGAUUCAAAGUCAAAGGUCCAGAACCAACUAGAUAUGGAGAUUGGAUUGGAAGGGGAAGAGUAACAGAUUUUUGA